AUGUCUGCCAUCUCGAAGACGUCUCACGUUUCUCUACGACAGUUAAUCGACGAUAUGCACAACGACUUAUUAGCCUUUAAAACUUUAGGCGAAGAAACUGAAAAAUGGGAUACAAUGAUGAUUUAUUUAUUAACGACAAAACUUGAUCAAUUUACUAAACGCGAAUGGGAAAGGCAUUCAUCCUCAAUUUCGAGAAAACUCACGUUAAAGGAUGUCAUGGACUUUUUAGAAAAUCUUUGCAAGUAUUUGAUACGAACUGUCACUGAGAAGCCUGAAAUGGCAAGUACUAACAAUAAUAAUAAAAAAAGUUUUGGCUCUAAAGGUACUCAUUCGAAAAACUCUGAACGUCUUUCAUCACAUGCAACGACACAAAAGGCAUGCGGCCUCUAUAACGAAUCUCACGCGCUUUAUAAUUGUCAACAAUUUCAGAAACUUUCAGUUCAGGAUAGAAUUCAUGAGGUGUCACGGCUCCGCGUUUGCUUUAACUGUCUUUCGCCAGGACAUCGAAAUAAACAAUGCACUUUCGGUUCAUGCAAAAAGUGUACGAGAAAACAUAACACUCUACUUCACAGUGAGACAUAUAGCCGAGAUAGUACUCAUAUCUCGGACCGCAAGCAGGAAAAUGAACCGUCACCUCAAAUCACUAAAUUGACCCGGACGCUACUGGACUCGUGUUCGCAGGUGAAUCUCAUGACACGCGAAUUCUGUCAGCGGCUCAAACUGCCACUGUCAGAUUCGGAUAUUUUAGUUUCGGGUGUUGGCAGGACCACGCAUGAACCGCAGCAUUGUGUUGCGAUAAAUUUUCAAUCUAGGUGUACAGCCUUUUCAGCGAGUAUUACCUGUCUAGUCACUGCUGAGGUCACAGACGAUAUGCCAAAUGUACCGCUCAGCAGACAGGACAUUGCUAUCCCGGAUGGAAUAACUUUAGCUGAUCCGAGCUUCGCAGAAACUCGAACCGUCGACCUUUUGAUUGGCGCAGGUCUCUUUUGGAAACUUCUGUGUGUUGGACAAAUUCAGCUGCAUGACGGUCAACCAAUCAUUCAGAAGACCAUGCUAGGUUUGAUUAUCACUGGGCCAAUGGAACUUCCGGCUACAAAACUCAGGUCGAGAUUGUCGUGCAAUCUUAUCACCAACCAACAACUGCAUGACCGGGUUGCACGUUUUUGGGAAAUUGAACACGUCACAACGAAACUUUCACAUCCAGAACUAGACCCAAGUGACGUCUGCGAACAACAAUUCACAGCAACAACGAGGCAUGACACGAAAGGGAGAUUUAUCGUCUCUCUCCCUCUCAAAAACGAGGUCAAUGAACUUGGUCACUCCCUAAAGAUGGCGGAAAAACGUCUAUUGGCUAUGGAACGCAAGAGGGAGAAACAUCCUGAAGUGAAUGAAAAAUACAUUGACUUCAUGAAGGAUUAUGAAGAAAAAAAACACAUGACUCAAAUUCCUCAGGACGAAAUCAGUACUGUGAAAGCAGUAAAUUAUCUACCGCACCAUGCCGUAUUCAAGGAAGGCAGCACAACAACGAAGUUACGGGUUGUAUUCGAUGGCUCUGCAAAAACUUCUUCCGGCCUUUCAUUCAAUGACGUACAGCGAGUCGGUCCUGUAGUACAAAACGAUCUCUUAUCAAUCACGUUGCGAUUUCGUCAAUACUCGGUUGUACUGUCAGCAGACAUCGCUCAAAUGUAUCGACAGAUUAGGGUUGCUGACCAUCAGCAGGAUCUACAGAGAGUGUUGUGGAGAAGGGACUCUACAAAACCUAUUCAGCACUUUCGUCUCAGUACAGUGACCUACGGUACCGCUUCCGCUCCCUUUCUAGCUACAAGAGCUCUCAGACAAAUUGGCGAAGAGAAUAAGGAAAAUUAUCCCACCGCCAGUCAGGUCAUUAUACGAGACUUCUACGUGGACGACCUACUCACCGGGACAGACACUGUGGAGGAGGCAAAGGAACUCAAAGGGGAACUUACUCAACUUCUUUCUAACGCAGGAAUGGACUUGAGAAAAUGA